AAUGCUAAACGAGCGCUUCCUUCACCUCCUUUCUCACCUCUAAUCCAUGGCACUCAGGUUCAGGCUGCAGCGCCCGUACAUCCGCUGGGCGGUCGGUCUGGCGCUGCUCGUCUCUGUCUUCAUCGUUUACACCCAGUUCUACGCCUGGCUCAAUGAACUCUCCGUAACAAUCACCGCCAAGAUAUCCGUACCCCACUGGGGGCCUAUAACCCACGACACAUUCGGAUUCCCCCUCAAGACCAGCGAUCCCCCGCAAGACCAUGCAGCCACCGUCCAACCCGGCUCAGCACGACACUUCUACCGAGACGACGGCCUUUUGGAAGUCAACCCUGACGGACCCCACCCAAUUUUCGAACUCGUCAAAAAGGCGGAAGAGAAUUGGAAGAGGAAGAACGACAGGGCAAGUCGGACUUUGAAAGAGGCAUGCCUGGAAUACGAAAGGCGACACAACCGCAAACCGCCGCGGGGAUUCGACGUCUGGUGGACAUAUGUCCAAGUUUACAAUGUUCCCCUCCCGGACGAAUAUGACUUGAUAUCCCGUAAUAUGGCCCCGUUUUGGGGCAUUCACCCUCGACGACUCCAACAGAACCAACGUGACCGGGAAGGAUACGCGGACAGCUUCACCCUUGGCAAGGAUACGGACAGGUCGCGAAUGAGGCUACUGAACUACGCUCUGAACGACAUGAGCAGGAAGGGUCAUUUCACCUCGGGUGCAAGAACCGUAUCUAAACUCCUGGAGGAGGUCGACGAAUUCAUCCCUGCUUUCAGGGCGGUCUUCAACCCUCACGACAAUCCCAAUUUGCUAUCGGACUACGGUUUACUCCAAGCAGCUAUACAAGCCGGAAAAGAGGGAAGAUAUCUAGACCUCGACGAUGUGCCUCCAGGAAAUGAAGAGGGAAAUUGGCUCGCUUCGUGCCAUCCAGAAUCCCCAGCUCGCACCCAAUCAAUCGACCUCUCUGACGGCGACCCCUCACUCACUAAGCUGUUGAAGCUCAAGCACAACAGCCCCUACGCAUCUGGACACAGACGCAAUUAUCCCAAAACCUUCAUUCACGAUCACAAACUGUCCAUGAACCCAUGUCUUCAUCCCUCCCAUCUGCUCACCCAUGGCCAGUUCAUCCACUCAAACAUGGAUGGGAGCACCACAGAUCGCCUCCUCAUUCCCCAGUUCAGCUACAGCCCGACAGCUCUCCACCACGACAUCGCCCUCGCAAUGCCUUACAAUUGGGUGCGGGACGUCCUCCCUCGUGUGGACGACCCACCAUUCGAAGAGAAAAAAGACUCGCGUUUGGAGUGGAGAGGGUCAACCACGGGUCUCUAUUUUGGCCCUCCUGGGCCCUGGUGGCUCAGCCAACGCACAAGACUUGUAGCCUGGGCGAACCCGUGGGCCAAACUGCCUUUUAUUGCGGACUCCAUUUUACAGAGUCCCCCAGAUGAGCAAUGGAGAGUCGGCGAGGCGGUGGCCCUCAACGAUAGUACGGUAAAGUGGGCCCAGCCUAGGAUGACAGACGUGGCUUUUGCGGGGCGUCCCCUUGAUUGCGCCCCAGAGACAUGCAGAAGACUGACUCGGGAGUACGAGUUCCGCCUCAAACAUGACUUCAAGACGCAAGGAAAAUACAAAUAUAUCAUUGACGUCGACGGAAACGCCUGGUCAUCCCGGUUCAAGCGACUCAUAACGUCAAACAGCCUCAUAUUUAAAUCAACGAUAUACGAGGAAUGGUUUGCGGAUCGAGUAGAACCAUGGUUACACUACGUGCCGAUCCAGGUAGACUAUUCCGACCUACUAGAUACACUCUACUUCUUCCAAGGUGAUCCUUCAGGGUUUGGGGGGCACCCCGCGCUAGCUAAGAAGAUCGCUGAAGCCGGAAGACAAUGGAGCUUGACACACUGGAGGAAAGUUGACCUGACAGCAUACAUGUUCCGGUUGUUCUUAGAGUAUGCGAGGGUGAUGUCAGUAGAGAGGGACAGAGGAGGGAUGGACUAUAUUUACGAUGAAAAGGACGAAUACGAUCCUCGCGAUGCAGAAGGAGUUGGGAGCCGAAUUGGUUCCCAGUCCAAGUUUCUCCAAGUCAUGGAUAGGCGCCGUCAACGCGGCGUCCUAUGA